AUGGAAGUCAACCGCAAGGUCUGGUUCAUCACCGGCACCUCCUCAGGAUUCGGCAAGCGCCUCGUAUCGACUGUGCUGGCGCGGGGCGACUACGUUAUCGCCACCGUGCGCAACCUCGAGAGCUUCACCCUCCCCGUCGGCGACCGCACCCGGCUGCGGAUCAUCGUGCUCGACGUGUGCGACAGCCCGGAGAACAUCCAAAAGACCGUCGACGAGGCGCUCUCCAUCUGGGGCCACAUCGACGUCGUCGUCAACAACGCCGGGUACGGCCUCAAGUCCUUGAUCGAAGAGGGAGGCGCGUUGGCCGCCACGAAGCAGUUCCAGACGAACGUCAUGGGCGUCAUCAACGUCACAAACGCCAUCCUGCCGCACAUGCGCGAACGGCGGUCGGGCACCAUCGUGAUGAUUGGCAGCCGGUCCGCAUGGCGUACCAGUCCAGUGAGUCCGGACUCAAUCAUUGGCUUCUACGCUGCAUCAAAGGCCGCAGUGCACGCCCUCGCCGAGACGUACGCGACCGAGCUCGCACAAUGGAGCAUCAGGGUCACCGUCUGCGCACCCGGCGCUUUCCGGACGGAGAACGUCCACAACGUCCCGUACACGUCGAACCACCACAUCGCCGAAUACGACGCGCUCCGCGAGAAGUGCGUCGGCGGGUUCAAGGCCGUCGCCGCGCAGGCCAUGGGCGACCCCGACAAGGCGAUGAACCUCCUCGUCGACGCUGUGCGCGGCGAGGGCAAGGCCAAGGGCCGCGAGCUGCCGCUGUACCUCAUGCUCGGCAAUGUCACGUACGACCACGUCCGCGAGCACUGCGCACGGCUCCUCGAAGACAUGGACAAGUGGGAGGACAUUGCGAAAGACCUCGACUUUGACCCGGAGCACUAG